CUAAAGAGGGAUCCGCCUCCCCCAUCACACGGUUCUCUCUCACUGUGUUUUUUAUUUUCACGACUUUUUCAUCUCAACCUCACAUUUUCUUUAUCCUCUGUUUCGCUCAGCUUUUUAUCUCUCUCUGCUCGUGUUCUACUUCAUGCCUCAGAUCAAAUUUCAUAGAAGAACAAAACCAACAAUUAUACAUUGAUUAUAUGUGAGAAAUCGUGGUCAAAUAUUCGGUGCAUCAAGGGGGUAAGUCUUUUGUUCGAGUCAAUGUCUGGACUAAAAGUCAAUUUCCACAAGAGUUCGCUCGUGGGGGUUAACGUGUCUCAAAAUUGGUUAUUGGAGGCUGCAAAUGUAUUAAACUGCGGUAUCAGUUCUCUCCCUAUCUCGUACCUUGGUUUACCAAUUGGUGCAAAUCCAAAGCGGAUGGAAACGUGGUCCCAUGUGAUAAAUACAGUGAAAUCAAGGUUGUCUGGUUGGAAGAAUAAACAUCUGUCCGUUGGUGGUCGAAUUCUAAUCCUGAAAUUAGUCCUUUAUGCGAUCCCAGUUUACUUUCUCUCCUUCUUCAAGGCUCCGACAGGUGCCUGGAGUAGCAUUUGCAACUGGCUAGGCGUAUCAUCAGCUAUGCAUAAUGAGGGCUGGCAGCAUAUGAGCCAGUUUGAAAAUCUGUUUGGUGGAGGAAAAGCAACGUCCCUAAAACUUCUUGUGUUGUGGUGUGCAUGUAUUUGGUGCAUAUGGAAAGCCAGGAACCAUAAAAUCUUCCGAAAUGAAGAAAUUCAGAUUAUAAAGGUGAUAGAGGAAGCAAAAGUUUACUCGUGGAAAUUGCUGAAGAUAAAAUCAAAGUUGAUCAAGGAUGAUUUUGUAAUGUGGUGUCUAAAUCCUAAGGCAUGUCUCGAUCUAACGGCGAACUGAUUAUAUGUUAUGUCGGGUCAAGUGCACCGAGCUCUUUGGUUGUUGGAUUCUUUGCGCAUUCGCAAAUGUCUUAUAUUGUAUGUACUCCUGUGGUGCGGUGUCUCUAUUGGGAAUUUAUCCAAGGUGUGUCUAUUCUGUUAGUGGUGCUGGCCUGCAGUGUGGUUUUUCAUUUGGAAGGUGGUUGUAGCAAUGACAUAAGCAACGCGCAGUGGUUGUCUUUGAUUAUCAUGGGCCUGCAUUUUUUAGCUUUGUUAGGCUGAUAUUUGGUACAAUAAUUUAUGUUUAUGUUUGAGAAGUAUAUGCGGCGGGAUACUAUGCUGGAGUAUAUGUUUACGGUAAUUUUUGGCAGCUGUUUGGGAGUAAUUUGUAUGUUGGUGCUGCUAUUUUAACAGAAUGGAAAUGUUAGGAUUGAUAGUUUAGUUUUGCAUAUUAGUUUUGUUUAGGAGUUGUCUCUAGCAGUUCAUUUUUAUUUUAGGCUUGGUGGUGGUUUUGGAGA